UUCAUUUCACAAUUUAGUUUGAAAACAAAUUAUUCAAACACCCAUACUCGAGUCCACUGUCAAAAGUGUAAGACGCACAAUUUAAAAUUAAAGGAAGAAAAUUCCAAACCAACUAUCUUUAAAAGUUUGUGAUAGGUAGCUGAUUGAGUGAGUACAAAGAAAAGGAAAAGGAACUUAACUGUGGUUUAGAAGUGCAGAAAUUGUAUUGUUAUAUUUAAGGCAGCUUCUUCAAUAAGGGAGGAAAGAAAAACACCAACUUUCAAAAUGGCCGACGAAGAUGGAGAUGGAAACGACCACACUGUAUUCAACUACAACACCAGGAAGACGAUUGCAAGCGGUUUAUUUGACGUUGCAUUGGUGAUAGCCAACGCCUCUCAGCUUAAAGCCCUGGUCAAAGCUGGCCCGGGUUACAAAUUCUACUAUCCAAACAUUGUCCUCAUCUGCAUGUCAGUUCUUCUUCAGUUCAUCGUUGCGGGGUUUCUCGUGAAGUUGGCCAGCUUGGAGGCAGAAAAGGAACCGGGUGACGGAGCGCUGCUAAUUCGAUGGAACAAAGGGAAGACGCGUCUCAACAACGCAACUAUGGUGCUUGUAGUUGGCAUUGUUUUUAUAAACGCGUUCAUUGGCUCGUUUGGCAUUGAAAUGACUGAAGAGAAAGUAUAGCGCUUUAUGCCGCCAUGGCUAUUGUGGAACAUUUCAGUGUAACGCUUUCAUGAAAACUUUGUGACUAUUAUGGAUUCUUUAAGCGAAGCGCUUAUGGACAUUUCGUGACUAAUUUUGACUUUAUAUGUUGUACGACUAGUUAUUAAAGUCCACUUUAAUAGAGUAAAACUGUUAUAUUGGUAUGCAAUUUAAACUAAUAUCAAGAAGGACAACUCAUUUUCUAACGAUUCAAAUGAUUUAUGCAAAGAUUUGUUCCCUUGCAGCUUUGUAUAUUAUAUAAUAAGCAGUGAUCUCCCCUAAGAGGCGGAGGAAAGACGGAGAUUUGCAUAGCAAAGUAGCCGCUGGUAUUUAGUAUUAUAUGCAUUCAAUAAUGGUACAUUCCGUUUGAGGUUUUUUAAAA